AACAAGGAAAAAAGGGGGCGAAGUGUGGUGCGAGUGACAGAGAAAGCCGGCGGUUUCCCUCGCCAUUUGCGCAUAUUCCGACGACAACUUCUUCUAUUGUUUUUCACACUUUUAACUUUUAAGGAUCAUAUCAUUUCAAAGCACGCUUAUGCUUAUGAUUACCACAGGAAGAAGAGUGUAGCACUGUAUUAUAUCAUUGAGUUGCCUGCAGUUUUGAUUAUUCACCGAAAUGGACUACAACAACAAUGACAACACUGAAAUGUGGGAUUGGGAAGGUGAAGAUUACGGUUUGCAAACAAAUGCUUCUAAUAGCCUAUGGAGCAAUGCAAAUGAGAAUGAAGAUGAUCUUACUUAUGUGUUUAAUGAAACUACCCCAGCAAAGUCCUUUGAGGAUUUGGCUUAUCAAGACAAUGAAAACUUAAACAAGGGAAAAGAGCCAUAUAGAGAAGCCUAUUCACAAGCAAAGAGACGUCGAAUGCUGCAAUUUGACAAUGAAAUUUUGGAUGUGGACAUGAUACCUGUUUGUGGCAAGGACUUCUCAUCCACAUAUCUAAAGUCAAAGGAGAGGGAAGCUUCUUUGAAUGGAGCUUUAUCUGAUAUUAAUCAAUGGGUUGAUGGAUUCACAGAUGAUACUCCUGCAUCUGGAUCUGGUUGCGAGGGUCUGGAUCAAUCUUCAGAGGGUUGGCUAGAUGAUUGUCUAAUAAAUGAUACAGAGAUGCAUUUAUGCGCUGAUGAUUUGAAUCCAUCUGUUCAGAUUGAUCUUACAGAGUCGAAGAAUUCCCAAUCUAAGAAUGAUGAAGAGAUCCCCACUCCUACUCGUAAAAAUAUCAUCUUAAAAGGGAAAAAGUCUUUUAUUAAGACACGAACAACAAAGAUAGCUUCAUCGGUUGUGCUUCCAUUUGCAUUUGUAAAACCAUGUGGAAUGCAAGGAGCAGUUACUCUAAAAGAUAUAAACCAGAAAAUACUGACUCCACCACCAUCAAAAUCAAAGAAAUCCCAUGAAAAUGAAAAUGAAAAUCCUGAAAAAUCAUAUCCAACUUCAGCUUUCUCAGGGAAGCCUGUUGUUGGUAAAACCAAGAUUCGUACAGAAGGAGGAAAAGGUAGCAUUACAAUCAUGAGAACCAAAGGAUGAUUAACCCUUGUUGUUAGUAAUUUGCUCUUUCUUUUCAUGGUGUCAUCUAGAAUUAUUAGUUUAAAAGAAAAAAAAAAAAAAAGACAAAGAGCAAAAGUUAAGGGAGUCGAUGGAUGGGUAGUGUUUGUAUCUUGAUGGAGUGGUUUUAUUUGGUAGAUUCCUCCUGUUUUUAAUAUCUGAGAUGACUGGAAUCUAUUAGGAUCUUUUUUGUCUUUGAGAUCCUUCUACCACUUUUUUGUCUCUAGAACA